UUGCCGAGACUUUCAAAAAAAAAUCGUAAACCAGAGCUCCGUGAAGGUGCGAAAGGCAGUUGGGAACGAUCUGGCGGAGUGGCAUUGCCGUGGAAAGAGCAGAUUGGAGCUGGGUUAUCGUGUUAUUUGACGAAGGAGGGAUCUGGGGAUGGAGGAGUAGAGAACCAGGGCAGGACAGGGUGACAGCAUGGGGGCUAUAUCGGCAGCAGAGGUUAGCUACAUCGAGGGUGGCAUUGCGCAGAACCUCCGUUCAGAUGGCCGUGGUCGUCUAGAUUUCCGAAAUAUCGCCAUUACCACUGGUGUCAUCCCUCAGGCUAAUGGGUCUUCACGAUGUAAAGUGGGAGGAACGGAUGUGAUGGUUAGUGUUAAGGCCGAACUGGGAAACCCUCCUAAAGGCAGGCCCUCACAUGGUGGAAUGCAGAUCAAGGUUGAAUGUUCACCGACUGCCAACCCUGAAUUUGAGGGAAGAGGAGGAGAGGAACUGUCGCUGGAGCUUACAAGAGGCUUGGAGCGGAGUUUUCUGGGAGGUCCUAAUGGUUCUGGCGCUGCGAUUGAUCUAUCAACUUUACGAAUUGUGGAUGGGAAGACGUGUUGGGUGCUGUGCAUUGAUGGACUAGUACUGAGCUCUGACGGGAACUUAUUAGAUGCCCUUUCAAUUGCUGUUAAGGCAGCUCUGAGAAACACUGGUCUACCGAAAGUGGAAGUUGUAGCCGGCGGAGCAGAAGACGAGGAUCCUGAAAUUGAAGUGGAUGAUGAGGAGUCCUCUCAAUUGGAUGUAUCAAAUGCCCCUGUUAUCAUAACUCUCACAAAGGUGGGGAAGAGCUAUUUUGUGGAUGCAACCGCAGAAGAAGAGUCACAUAUGAGGUCAGCAGUUUCAGUGGCUGUUAACAGGAAAGGAGUUGUAUGUGGAGUUACAAAGAGGGGAGGUGAGGGCUUGGAACCCAGCACCAUCAUUGACAUGAUAUCAGUAGCCCAGCAGAUAGCAUUGACGUAUAUUCCUGCUCUAGACCUACAAAUAGCUGCUGCAGAAAGUGUGGAUCCUGAUUCAUAAGUUUGUUGGAUCACUGGCUGGAGGCUUCAGAAGCCAACUCGAUUACGUUAGUGUGCAUUUUGAAUGUUGUGCCUACUCAUUGUUCAAUCCAGUAAAACAAAACUUCAUAAAUGCUGGUUUCGUUAUUGGGAA